AUGAUGCUCUGGAGAUGUUGUUGGCGGCGGAGGAAAGACAGCAAUGAUAUAAACAACUCCGAGCAGGAUGAGCGUACGCGGUUGCUGGACAAUGAAGGAGGUGGUACUAGUGGUGGUGGAUCUACUUACAGCCCAGCGCUACCACCAGCCACACCAAGCUACAGUCGAAGCCACAGCCAUGCUCCCGACUCACAAACCACUGAGAACGACAAGGACACAGCGUCGCUUAACGAUAUAGUCAGCAAGGCUUCAGAACAAAUGGUCAACAUCACAAACUCCAAUUCCUCUCUUAAAGCUGCAACGAGCAUCCAUAGCCUCAGGGAUCUUAAUUGCCUGUCUAACUGGCUGCAAGGUGAUCCAAUCAAGCUGGAUAAGGCAACAGACCGCGAACAGGAGCUCAUCAAAGAUACAGCUUCUGGUCUAGCUGAAGUGUUUGAAAAUGCGUUCGAUUUCUCGCUCUCACAGUCAAAUAGCGAGGCUAGCUCGAGGAGAGGGAGCAUGAAGAGUGAGGGGAUUGACGAUAAGGGUGGUAUUGGUAGUGCACGGUUUGUCAUUCAAUCAACGCCGUUUAUCGUUAGAUGA